GAUACAAAUGAUUUAUUUCUGAGUUUUGUGAAAAAAUUUAGUUCUUAUCCCUUCUUUUUCUUUUCUUCUAUUAUAAAUCUCAGUCUCUCAUCUCAUUUUGUUUUGAUAUUUAGAGAGAGAGAUUGAGAGUUUUUCAUUUGUGUCUCCAUGAGUAUGAUGGCAAUGGCGACAUUUUUAUUUCUUUGGGUGUCGAUUUGUAUGAUUGUACAAAUUCAGGGGGCUUAUUUGCCUGCUUUGGUUACUCACCUUCCUGGCUUUACUGGCAUCUUGCCCUCCAAGCAUUAUUCAGGGUAUAUAAAAUUGGGUUUAGAAUUAGGGGAAAGAAAAAAUCUUUUCUACUAUUUUGUUGAAUCAGAAAGAGACCCAGUUAAGGAUCCAUUGAUUUUAUGGCUAAAUGGUGGACCUGGUUGCUCCAGCAUGGAUGGUUUCAUUUACGAACAUGGGCCAUUCAAUUUUGAAGCUCCAAAAGUUUCAGGGGAAUUGCCUAAGUUGCAUCCCAAUCCAUACAGCUGGUCCAAGGUUGCCAAUGUAAUAUAUCUUGAUUCGCCUGCUGGAGUUGGUUUGUCUUUCGCACACAAUACUAGCUUGUAUAAAACUGGAGAUUUUCAAACUGCUAAGGAUACACACAUCUUUAUUCAACAGUGGUUGAAAAAAUUUCCAGAAUUUGUUUCGAAUCCAUUUUACCUCGCGGGCGAGUCAUACGCCGGAGUAUAUGUGCCAACUCUUGCUAGCAAUAUCGUAAAAGGAAUUAAAGCCGGUAUCAAACCUGUCAUUAAUUUUAAGGGUUACUUGUUAGGAAAUCCAAUUACAGACAAUAGCUAUGAUGGAAAUGCUCUUGUUCCGUUCGCUCACGGUAUGGGCCUUAUUUCAGAUGAAAUUCAUCAGAGAGCUGUAGAUUCUUGUAAUGGAAGUUACUUUGAUUCAGAAGUUCCGAAAUGUGUUUCUGCACUUGACAGAGUUUUUAGAGCAAUUGAUAAGGUAAAUCUGUAUGACAUUCUAGAGCCAUGCUAUCAUAAUAAAGCUUCUUUCGGAGCGCAAAGUAUGGUUCCAGAUACUUUCAAGGAAUUAGGGAUGCAGACAAGGACUCUUCCUGUCAGGACAAGGCUUUUCGGGCGUGCUUGGCCCUUCAUGGCUCCCGUCUUAGAAGGACUUGUUCUAUCCUGGCCCCAAGUUUUAAGCGACGCGAAAACCUCAACCCCACCUUGUGUAAGUGAUGAAGUUGCAAGUGCAUGGCUAAACAAUGCACAUGUGAGAAGAGCAAUUCAUGCUGCCCCGCAAAUUUAUAUAGGGGCUUGGGAGUUAUGCACAAAUAGAUUGGAAUACUGGCAUGAUGCUGGAAGUGCGCUCAUGUACCACAAGAAACUAACUUCUGAAGGCUAUAGAGCCCUCAUAUAUAGCGGGGAUCAUGACAUGUGUGUGCCGUUUACUGGAACUGAAGCAUGGACAAGAUCUAUUAAUAAUAAGAUUGUUGAUGAAUGGAGGCCUUGGAUGUCAUCCACUGGACAAGUUGCUGGGUUUCUUCAAGGAUAUGCAAACAAUCUCACUUUCCUGACAAUUAAGGGAGCUGGGCACACCGUACCGGAGUACAAACCGAGGGAGGCAUUUGACUUUGUUAAGCGAUGGUUGGAAGGAAAACGCAUUUGAUUAACUUAUAAUUAGUGAAGCUUUAUAAAUUUUUUUUAGAUGAUUCUAAUUAAUUCACUUGAUCAAAAUAAAAAAAAGGAAUAAAACAAUUGAGUCUUGUUGAAAUUAAUUAUUUAGACCAAUUGUAGAAGUUGUUAAGAAAUCAAAAAAUCAUUAAUUAUCAUUAA